AUGUCAUGGCACACAGACAGGCAGCAUUUCGAAAAUCGUCGGCAAACCUAUUUGGAAAGAAAACUCGAUGCCUUUUCGGCUUGUCGACUUGUCGACUCAAGCAACCAUCACCGGUCGUCGGGUAUUUAUAACAAGAAGAGGUUUCUUCCUGUCGCUAUCAUAUUGCAGGUUGCGAUUAUGGUUGGCUGGUUGAUUGAGGCUCAAGCGCAUCCGUCAGGCCUCUAUCCAGGUCAAGAGAGUCAAGCAAGAGAGGAGAAGAAAAAAGAGAAGGGAAAAAAUGAAGGGAAGGAAAGAAAAGAAAAGAAAGGGCCCGUGCCCCCUGGCGCUUCCAAUGUUGGCUCGCAAGCGAUCUUUGAUCAUUGA